CGGAGCCGAGGCGUCGUUGGGAUCUUUGCCGCUGCCUGCUUUCUUUGCACCUUUACCUUUUCUCUUUCAAUCUUUGCUUUUUACUCUGCUCAUCGUUCCGGCAAGCGGGACCUGGUGCUCUCAUAUUCAGCAUGAAACUUGUGUUCUUCAUAGCCUUGGUGGGCACCUUGGCGCGAGGUAACCUGUCGCUACCUGUUGGACAAGAACAAUCGAGAGGCGACUUGGCGGCGCGCUGCGUGGUUCAAGUGCUGUCGAAAGCGCUCUCCCAGCCUGCCAGCGCUGCUCCUGUGGACCCACAGUGCAGAGACUUCCUGAGGGCAGGGAUGAAACAUGACGCAGCUGAGAAAAAAGGUGAAGAAGAGGUUGUUCAUUUAACAGGAACUGAAAGUCAGGAACAGAAUGAGUUUGAAAGGCAAGCUGAAGGAACAGCUGUAACAGAGAAGGAUGCACAUGAGCCCAGGAGCACUGAGAACAUGUUAAAGGCAGAGGAUAAGCGGCAGAGCCUUCAAAACACAGGGAGUCAAGAGAGUAUCACAAGCGUGGAAGAGAAAAAGAGUACAGAUGCUCUAACAACGGGUGAAAAAGAUGAUGAAGAAGAGAGAGUAUCUGGGCGCAGUCACCACAGCAGUUCAGAGCACAGACUAAGAGAUGAAGAGGUCAGUGAGGGAUCUAAACACCAUUAUCUGAAGAACACAGAGGAUUCUGAAAAGGAAUGGAGUCAUAUAGAUAGGAGGUCUGAGGAGUUAGAGGAUAGCAGUGAAAAAGAGACACGUAUUUGGAAGCCCAACCAUAAGUACCAUCACAAGAAGCACAAGCGAAGUGAAGAGCCCCUGGGGGAUGAGGAGUCAGAGGAAUCAGAAGAAGAUGAACACGAAGACAGAGAGAAGCGUAUUUGGAAGCCCACUCAUCGAUAUCAUCACAAGAAGAACAGGCGAAAUGAAGAGCCCUUGGAGUCUGAGGAAUCAGAUGAAUCUGAGGAAGGUGAAGAUGAAGACAGAGAAAAACGUGUUUGGAAACCUACUCAUAGAUAUCAUCACAAGAAGCACAAAAGAAAUGAAGUGCCCUUGGAGGAGGAGGAAUCAGAAGAAUCAGAAGAAGAUGAACAUGAAGACAGAGAGAAGCGUAUUUGGAAGCCCACUCAUCGAUAUCAUCACAAGAAGCAUAGGCGAAAUGAAGACCCCUUGGAUGAUGAAGGGUCAGAUGAUCUGGAGGAAGAUGAAAAUGAAGACCAAGAGAAACGUAUUUGGAAGCCCACUCAUAGAUAUCACCACAACAAGCACAGAAGAAAUGAAGACUCUUUAGACGAUAAAGGAUUGGAAGAAUCAGAAGAAAGUGAAAUUGAAGAUAGAGAAAAGCGUAUUUGGAAACCUACUCACAGGCACUUUGACAAAAAACACAAGCGAGAUGAAGAGCCCUUUGAUGAGGUACUUAGUGAAGAGUCAGAGGAAUCUGAGGAAGAUGAACACAGAGAAAAGCGAAUUUGGAAACCUAGCCAUAGAUACCAUCACAAGAAAGGUAAGAAAAACAAGAGGAAUGAAGAUUCUUCUACUGAGGAAUCAGAAGAGCAGAGCUCUCAAGAGAAAAGAUCAGAGGAGUUAGACAACAAUGAAGAAAAGGAGAAACAAAUUUGGAAGCCAACCCAUAGGUACCAUCACAAAAAGCACAAGUGGUCUGAAGACGCUUUUGAAGGACAGAAUGAAGAGCCAGAGGAAGAUGAAGAUGGGGUUGAGCAUCUUUGGAACCCUGCAUUUAAAACUCAGCAUCUAAAGCACAAACGGAACAGAGAUUCUUUUGAAGAUGAAGAUGUGGAAGACAUGGAAAGGAGUUCAGAAUUUGCAGAAGACAGACAUGACAAGGAGAAGAGAAUUUGGAAACCUACUCAUCGAUAUCACCAUAAGAAGAACAGGAGGAGUGAAGACGCAUCAGAGGAAGAGGAGAAAAAGAAUUAUGAAAGUGAUGAGGAUGACACUGAUGAAUCACAGUCCGGCAGGGAAAAGAAAAAUCAGUCAAGUGACCUACCUGAGGAAGUCUACAAGCGACAUGACCUGGAGGAUAAUGAAGAGCUCAACAAAAGGCAUCACCUGUCAGAUAGCAGCCAUUAUUAUAAAAGGUACCACAAUGAAGAUGAAAAACAAAGUGAAGAAGAUGACAACUUGAAGGCUCUUGAAUAUUUGGCAAAGAAGAGGAAUGAGGCUGAUUUGCUGAGCGAGGAGGAGAUGCAAGUGAAGAGAUCCCCCUGGGAGUACAAGGGCUACUACCACCCUGCGUGGUGGAAGCGAAGCCCUCUGAGAAGCGGAAACCAGCUAGAGCAGGACAUGUGGGACAGUAGACAGGCUGCCCUGGAGGUUUUCCCUAACCACAUUCAGGAGAAGAGACAAUACCCAGGCAACAAAAUUGAUGAACUUGCUAAAUUCCUGAACUACAAGAAAGCAGAGUUUUCUGGUCUGCUGGAGCCUGAAGAAAAAAGAAGUCUUCAUCAGAGACCUCUUACCCCAGAGGAGGAGAAGGAACUUGAGAACUUGGCAGCAAUGGACAUGGAGCUACAAAAAAUUGCAGAGAAGAUUCAUGAGAAUCAGCAAGAGUAACAUAAAUGUUAUUAAAUAAUGCCUGAGCCAAUACAGACUUACAUAAACACAGCGAGCUGUUCGUUUACACUAGUUUUUAAACUUUCCAGUUUAAAGCGGUGGUCUGACACUAAUAGAAAACAGUUUUCUUGUGCAAUUUUAAUGUUAAAAAAUAUCUGGCAUGAGAAUUGUUUAGUACUAGAGACAUAUAUAUCAUGUAUGGCUAAUUUGUAUAUGUUUUUGAAUAAUGUGUUCUUGACAUGCCUGUUUUUCUGCAUUAAAUAAAUCAUCCUGGGACCAAAAUCAACUACAUAAAUUUUUCUUCAAACACUUUUUAUGGUGGUUUUUCAUUAUACAGUACCAGAAAAAAGUUUGUGUACACUUGCUCUUUUUGUUCCUAAUUUACAUCAUAUUUGUGUGAACACCUGAAAUAAAAAAAAGCCUCUAAAACCUGUAUUCCUCAAAAUAGCCAACCUAUGACUUAACAGCUUCACUGUAAGUUGUUUGUAGAAAAAGUGUAAUCUAAAU